CUUUGAGACCACAUUUUCUUGUCCGCUCUCCUAAACAGACAGUCUCUACCUGCAGUGCUCAACCCAGACAUGAGGCCGUGUCCCAUGGAGGGGACUUUAUAUGCUUGGCUUUUUCUCACUUUUCUAUGCAAAGCUGCUCUAGCUGUGGAAAGGCACUAUUACAUUGCCGCUGUCUAUAUUGACUGGGAUUAUGCUUCUUCUGGACCGCAAAGGUCUGGGGCGGUAGUACAAGAAAGCGGUAUACAGAGAAUAUGAGGAUGCCACCUUCAAAAAGGCCAAGCCCCAUCCACCAGAGUUAGGUUUACUUGGGCCAACGCUGCGCGCACAGGAAGGCGAUGUGAUCGUGGUAACCUUCCGGAACAUGGUGGAGCAGCCUUGCAACAUCCACACUCAUGGCAUUGCGUAUGGCAAACAGUCUGAGGGAGCUUACUACUUCGACAACACUUCCCAAAAGGAGAAGGAGGACGAUGUGGUGUACACUGGGGGAUCCCACACAUACACAUGGGAGGUGACAUCAGCGGUGACACCAGAGGCUGCCGACCCGGCCUGCCUAACGUACACCUACUUCUCUCACAUCGACAUCGUCAAGGACUACAACUCAGGCCUGAUCGGCACUCUGCUCAUCUGCAAACCGGGAAGCCUUGAUGACUCUGGGAAGCAGAAACACUUUCAUCAGGAGAACGUUCUCCUGUUUGGCAUUUUUGAUGAGAGCCUCAGCUGGUGUAGCAAAGGAGCCCCCUCCUCCGCCAACAGCAUCAAAUACACCAUCAAUGGCUACGCUAACGGCACUGUACCCGGUUUGAGCGUCUGUGCCUACAGCUCUGUCAGCUGGCAUUUCCUGGGCAUGAGCUCUUCGCCAGAGCUCUUCUCUAUUCACUUUAAUGGUCAGGUGUUCUCGCAGGAUGGGCACAGGGUGUCUUCAGUGGGCAUCAUAAGUGGCACCACCACCAGUGCCAGCAUGACUGCAGUCCACACCGGACGGUGGCUCAUCUCUUCUUUCAUUAGCAAGCAUCAGGAGGCGGGGAUGCAUGGCUAUUUGAUGGUGAGGACGUGCGAGGGAUUCACCAAGCCCCAACGCAAGCUCACCCUCCAGCAGAAACUAGACAGCCAAAUGUGGACCUACUACAUCGCCGCCGAGGAAGUGACCUGGGACUACACUCCUAACAUGCCAGACUACAUUGAUAAGGAUUUCAGAUCCAUAUACAUGAAGCAGGGCCCUGACCGUAUAGGUAAGAAGUACAGGAAGGCAGUCUUCACCCAGUACACGGACGAGACGUUCACCAAGCGAGCUGAGGAAAAACAGAGGAAGAUGGAACAGGGCAUCAUCGGCCCCGUGAUCAGGGCACAGAUCCGAGACCAGAUAAGGAUUGUGUUCAACAACAAAGCCACCAGACCAUACAGUAUUUACCCCCAUGGUCUGACUAUAGACAAGGCUGGAGAGGGAGCAAACUAUCCUGAAGGAGGGAACCAGACCCACGCGGUGCAGCCAGGAGAGACGCACACGUACAUAUGGAAUGUGAUCGAUGAGGACGAGCCGUUGCCCAGUGACCCGCGCUGCCUGACCAGGAUGUACCACAGUGCGGUUAACACCCCUCGGGACAUCGCUUCUGGCCUCAUAGGCCCACUGCUCAUCUGCAAGAGCCAGUCUCUGAACAAGAGGAACGUCCAGUUGAAGGCAGACAAGGAGCAACAAGCCAUGUUUGCUAUUUUUGACGAGAACAAGAGUUGGUACCUGGAUAAAAACAUUAGGGAAUACUGUAGUGACCCGGACAGAGUCAGAAAAGAUGCCCCAGACUUCUACGCGUCAAAUGUUAUGCACUCAAUCAAUGGCUAUAUGUUCGAGAGUGGCCAAACCUUGGGCUUCUGCAAUGGGGAAAUUGUCACCUGGCACGUCUCCAGUGUUGGAGAGCAGAAGGGCAUCCAGACGGUCACCUUCUAUGGCCAUACAUUUGAACUGAACAACAGGGAGGAUGACUUCCUCACACUGUUUCCCAUGACAGGGGAGACCAUCGCUAUGAACAUGGACAAUAAAGGGGAUUGGCUUUUGUCAUCACUGACCUCUCAUGACAGCACCAAGGGCAUGAGAGUAAAAUUUAAAGACGUGGAGUGCUUCCGGGAUUACGUUUACGAAUAUGAGGAAGGAGAGGGAGAGUACAAUAUCUGGAAGCCAGAGGAAUACGUGCCCAAAGAAACAAAGAGUGUUGUAGUGGAAUUGCCCCAGGGAGAAGACAAGCAAACUGACUACUGGGCUGACUUGCUUGACAUCAGAUCACAUAAGAAGUCAGGCCACGCCUCUCAACCUACUGUGGAGCUGCUGGAUCUCAGCCACUUUGAUUAUCUGGACAACUUGCCAGGUGAAGACAGAGCCAAACAGAACCAUGGUCAUGCUGAGGAAGCAAGAAACAGUUCUGAUUCUGAACCAGACCCCUCUUCCCAGGCAGCCAGUGAGGUUACGGUGAACAACACAACAGCACCUUGGAAUGAGAGCAUAAACGUGAACACAACAGCAUCUUGGAAUGAGAGCAUAAACGUGAACACAACAGAAUCUUGGAAUGAGAGUCUAAACGUGAACACAACAGCACCUGGAAAUGAGAAUCUAAACAUGAACACAACAGCAUCUUGGAAUGAGAAUCUAAACGUGAACACAACAGCACCUGGGAAUGAGAGUCUAAACGUGAACACAACAGCAUCUUGGAAUGAGAAUCUAAACGUGAAAGGAACAUCUAUGGUGUCUUCUGUUAAUAAAACCACGGGUGAUUCCAUCAACAGUACUCACAUGCCAAUGUUUAACGACACAGGACUUGCAACUGCUGUGCCUCUGCUGGCUAGCACAUCAGAAACAUCAGUCCCAUUGGCAACUCCUUCAUCCAACUCAUCAGUGAACGAAACAGAGAGUGGCUACAUGUUUAGAAAUAACACAUCUGAUUGGUCAGACAUACAAACCAACAUCACUGAACACAAUGUCUCAUUAGCAUUGGUGGACCCAAAUAUGGUGCUGUCAAACAUGUCAGAAGUUCCAGAUAACACAGGCAAUGACACACAAUCUUCUCAAAACAUUACUGCUGAGUGGGCAGCAGACAGCAACAAAACAGAGCAUGCCUUUGCUUAUUCUGAAACCCCUCAGGCGCCACUCACUGAGAAUUUGAAUGAGACUGACACAGAGUUGGUACUCCUAGAUGGAGAUGCUUUGACGGAAAUCGGGCGAAUAGAGGAGGAAGCAGGCUCAGACAUACAGGGGUCACUCUACGAUAUCAUCACUGUGCCUGAGGACAGCGCUGCCACUAUGGUAGAGGGCAUAGCAGAUGACACACUGAGCCCUGAGGACACUCUCAUUCUCAACGCCACUGACAACACUGAGAUCGGACCAGUCUCCGAGGCUUUCAUUGAGGAGGAGAACAAUGGAACCUUUCCAAAUGACCGGCUCUUGAUUUCUGUUCAAAGUGCUGACAUCGGUGAGAUCUUGCCUAUUAAUGAGUCAUCCGCUAAGAUCUUUCAAAACGUCUCCUCGAGUAACUCAUCUUCGGAGAGCGGUGAAUGGACUCCUGUCAAUGCUUCUCACGGGUCGACAGGUUAUGGCAACGCUUUACAGGAGACUGAAGAGGACUGGACCAGCAGCGAGGAAGUGGUCAUCUACCUGAAGCACAACACGAGCGAGGGGAUUAAGACCAACCCACUGGGCCACCCGAAGGAGCACUGGGGCUACGAGGGCAAACACGAGUCCGUGCCCAUGGAGACCCCCGAGGAUCUGACCAAGUACAUCCAGAAUGAGACCAAGCCAAAGAAAGAACCGAAGAAGAAGGUGGUCCACAGGAGGGUGCGGCCAUUCAAGGGGCACGCCAUGAAAACGAGAAAGAAGAAACAGUACAAGCCCCAGGCCAGGUCCAGUUUGAGCCCGAGGGGGUUUCAGCCGAGAGGAGCUAGGCCCAUCUCAAAUGAGGAGGACAUCUUGAACAAGGCCAUAGUCAUCGGAGUGCCUCGGACGGAAUUCAACGAUUACGACUUAUUUGCGAUACCAGAUGAUUACCAGGACAAACAUGGUAGCGCGAGCAAUGAGGAAUAUGAGUUCAUCGAAUAUAAGGACCCAUACAGCCAAGGAGUGCAGACACAGGGUAUGACACUAGAUGAGACAACAGAGUAUUUCCUGAAGAAUCUGCCAAAGGGCACCAACGUAAGACAGUAUUUCCUGAGUGCGGAGGAAGUUGAGUGGGACUACGGCGGAUAUGGACAAAGGCGGUUUGACAUGAAAUCUGAUGGAUUGCAUACUAAAUUCACCAAGGUGGUCUUUCGAGGUUAUCUAGACCCCAACUUUAAAACACCUGACAUCCGAGGAGAGGUUGAGGAACAUCUGGGAAUACUUGGCCCUGUUAUCAGAGCCGAGGUUGGAGACACAAUCAUGGUUAUUUUCAGGAACCUGGCUAGCAGACCCUACUCACUUCAUGCAAAUGGGAUCUCGUACGGCAAGCAAAUGGAGGGAUUGAACUACGUGGACAACACACCAUACUGGUACCAAGAAGACAAUGCAGUGCGCCCCAAUGAGACGUACACCUACAUGUGGAAAGUGAGCUCCAAAAUGGAACCGAAGGAUGGUGAACCCGACUGCCGCACCUGGGCCUACUACUCUGGAGUGAAUCCUGAGAGAGAUAUCAAUUCGGGACUCAUCGGCCCACUCUUGAUCUGCCGGAAGGGCAGCAAGAAGCCAGUCAGAGAUGAGGUCAGCAGAGAGUUUGUGCUUCUUUUCAUGACGUUUGAUGAAAACAAGAGCUGGUAUUAUGAGAAAAACUAUGAGAUGAUUCAAAGGAGACACAAGAAAGCUGUCAUGGAUCCUUUGUUCAAAGAGAACAUUAAAUUUCCAGCCAUCAACGGUAUAAUCUUUGGUCUGAAAGGCCUGAGAAUGUACUCCAAUCAACUGGCCAACUGGCAUGUCUUCAAUAUGGGGGCAUCAAAUGAUGUGCACAGCGUCCACUUCCACGGCCAGACUUUUCUGAACCACCAGAGCAAACUCCAUCGGCAAGGCGUCUAUCCCCUUCUACCUGGAGGGUUUGCUACCCUGCAGAUGUGGCCAUCUAAGCCAGGCCUUUGGCUUGUUGAGUCUGAAGUUGGACUGUCCCAACAAAAAGGAAUGCAAACUCUGUUCCUUGUGAUAGACAAUGAUUGCUACCAUCCACUUGGCCUUAUGUCUGGCAGUAUUCAAGACAACCAGAUCACAGCCUCAGACGCCAGAGGUUAUUGGAAGCCCCAUUUGGCAAGGCUAGACAAUUCAGGGAAAUACAACGCGUGGAGUACAGACAAAAAAGAUGAAUCCUGGAUCCAGGUCAAUUUCCAGAGGCCCGUGGUCAUCAGCAAAGUGGCUACACAGGGAGCCAAAGAGAUGUUCUCCUCCAACUAUGUGGUUAAUUACACCAUAUCUUAUAGCAUUGACCGCAAGACGUGGACUUUCUACAAGGGAGACAAUAAUGAGAAAGAGGGAGACAGUGACACCGUCAGGAAGACUUUGCGUAGAAAGAUCUUCCUAGGUAACCAGGGAGCUCAUGAGGUGAAGGAAAACAUAUUCUACCCACCCAUGAUCGGUCGAUACGUGCGUCUUCAUCCACUGCACUCCUACAACAACCCAACUGUGCGCAUGGAGUUCUAUGGCUGUGAGCUGGAUGGUUGUUCUGUACCACUAGGAAUGAAGAGUGGAGAUAUUGGAGACCAGCAGAUAAAAGCCAGCUCUGCGGCAAGCAACUGGUAUGCCGGGACUUGGGAAGCCUGGCUUGCUCGUCUCGACAGGCAGGGGACCGUCAAUGCCUGGCAAGCUAAGUAUAAUGACAUGCAACAAUGGCUGCAGAUUGAGUUGAACGAUGUGAAGAAGAUCACAGGGAUCAUUACCCAGGGGGCCAAGUCAUUGGGCACGAAGAUGUUUGUCUCUGCCUUCAUUCUGGAGUACAGCAAAGAUGGAGUCAGGUGGACUAAGUACACAAGUGACUCGGAUUAUGAAGUAUCGGAAUUUGACGGGAACAACGAUAACAACGACCACAAGAAAAACUACAUAUACCCUCCCAUAUUUGCCAAAUUUAUCCGAAUUGUUCCCAGGAGGUGGGAGAAUUCCAUUACUAUGAGAGUUGAGCUUCUUGGGUGCGAUUUUGAGUGAGAUUAAAUGGGAAAGAAUGAGAGCUGUGAAACUAAACAGUGAGCAUGGAUGACUGGUCUAGACUAUAAUUGUAUUAUUUGUAUUAUUUUGUGCCAAUGUGAUUCUGCAUUAUCAUGUAUAUAUGUAAGUAUUGGAUAAAAUAAAUAGUUUGGGAAUAAAAUCAA